CGCACUUCCGGUGUAUUGAAUGUCCGUUGGUUAAGUCGUCCGCUGUUCUGGUUUAGAAGGCCAAAUAGCGACAAGCCGGCGUAAUGGCUGCAACGUUACGUCUCCUCUUUUCUGUGUCCAGGCCAGGCUCCUUUGGAGCAAGCCACAGUCUUGUGCGUCCUCUCAGUUUGUCAACACACAGAGAGGGCUACAAGUACGUGAAUGCUCAGGAACCCGCUAAUGAUAUGAAAUCCAUCACAGACCGAGCAGCUCAGACCCUGCUCUGGACAGAACUGUUCCGAGGUUUGGGAAUGACUAUGAGUUAUCUUUUCCGCGAGCCUGCCACCAUUAACUACCCGUUUGAGAAAGGCCCACUGUCCCCUCGCUUUCGUGGAGAGCAUGCGCUGCGCCGGUACCCGUCUGGAGAGGAGCGCUGCAUUGCCUGCAAGCUAUGUGAGGCCAUCUGCCCAGCACAGGCCAUUACAAUCGAAGCUGAACCUCGUGCUGAUGGCAGCAGGCGAACAACCCGUUACGAUAUCGACAUGACAAAAUGUAUUUACUGCGGGUUUUGCCAGGAGGCGUGUCCUGUGGAUGCCAUUGUAGAGGGGCCAAACUUUGAAUUUUCUACAGAGACUCAUGAAGAACUUCUCUAUAACAAAGAAAAGUUGCUCAAUAAUGGAGACAAAUGGGAGGCUGAGAUUGCAGCCAAUAUUCAGGCUGACUAUCUUUACAGAUAGACAGAAUGUCUGCGUUCUGACACACACACACUCACACACGCUCUGACUGACCGACAGACUAUCAACAAGGUUAUCUCCAUCAAUAAUGAUCCCUGAUAAAGUGUUCAGAGGUAGCUUCAAGUUAAGGUUAAGAGGCCCAAAGGAUUGCAGUAUAUACAUUGUGGUAUUAUUCUUGCCUGUCUAAUAAUUCAAAAUGAGGAUAAUACAGUGAUGUUUUUUGGAAACUCUAUGGCCAAAAAGAGAUACCAGCCCUGAACUCUGUUUUAAAGCGUGGCACUUACUGUAACUAAAGUACAAUACUUCUGAUUUGCCGUCACACGGACUGAACAGUUUUUCCAAACACUCUCUUUAUCUUUGUGGUGCAGAAUGUGAGACAGCCUGAAUAAAAUUUUUAUGCCAUUUUGAAUGUCAAUUCAGGUAUUGGGCAAAAUAACAUUUGUCAUGUGGUGACUUACAGAAAGACAGACCGGAUUGUGUGUCCAUAUAAUAACUGUACAAAAUAUCUGUAUUGAAUAAAUUAAUGUUAAAAAAGAA